UUUGAAAAAAAAAGGAAAACCUAUAAACCUAGUUUUUCAUUGUGUCAAUAACAUACUAAAAAAUCAUGGAGAAUGGAAAAUAAUUAGAAGUUGAUAAACAUUUUCUCUUUUUGUAUGGACGAACAAUUUUACCGACAACAAUAUCCUGGUUCUGUUGGGCAUUCUAAUAUACAAGCCUACAUUUGAUUAAGAGAUCAUUGUUACUUAAACUGCCAAUCAACGGUUCAAUGUAGAUUAUACGUGGAUCAUACAUAAUACGCUAAGCUCAUUGUAAUAUGAUACAUAAGGACAAUAGCGUUGAUUUGAUUUGGAUCAUCAACGUACUCCGCUAUUAUAGUGGAAUUAACUGACCCAAUCACUGAAUAUGCCUAAGCCUACUUCAAGAGUGUUAAACACAAAGUAUGGAAUUCGUGAAAAGCCUAAUCCGUAAAUGCUAACAUACCUCGUUGUGUGUGACCAUUUUUUUUAUAUUUCUAGUACCUACAAAUCUUAUUGAGCAUACUGUAAGACUAGGUUGUAUUAUUUGUAUUUUUUUUUAAUUUGAAAUGAAAUGAUAAAGUUUACUCCCUGAAAAGGACAAACAAUAUAUUUCAUCUAAUUAUUAGAUAGAUACUCAUAGCGAUAAAUUAACGAAAAAGAUACGAAACAUACCUAUUACGUAUGUAGGUACUUAUAUAACAUGUUUAGUAACGCACAGAGUUCUUGUUUAAAUUCUGAUUAGUGGCUAAAACGAGAAUAAAAUGAGGUGUUUAAAAAACUAACACAUGCUCAUAUUCCAUUGACAAUACGUUGUGUUCAGACCAUUUUGAACACCUCGCCCGCUCAGCGACGUCUGCUGGCGGUUGUUCAGAAUAACACAAGUAAAAAAGUAUGCGAAAUUGCACAGUUUACAACUUGAUAGCUCCAUACACGUUUGGCAUUUUUACAAACGCUACAGGAGGUCUGUUUAUUGGAGGGAAACAUUUUAUACAAGCCAUUAUUAUUGGUCCAGCGGAUUGACCGAUAUUCAAGGUUUCCGUAAUAACUAAGUAGUAAUCCGACAACUUAUAUAGUUACUAAAAAUACACUUCAUGACAAAUAUACCCGUAUUUAAUUCUAAUUAAGUUUCUUUAUUUUUAAAAUUAUAUAUGCACUAGAUUUAAUUUAUACCUCUACCCGAGUAACAAAACUUUUAAAUGAAUUUGAUCGUAUUAGUCCAAAUUUUAAUGUUAAGUACAUAUUUUUCUCGAAAAUGAUCAAGUGAGUUAACUGGCCUCGGUAUGAAACAUUACAAGUACUUUUAGAAACGACGCCUAGUAAACGAUAUAAAAUGUAUUUCUGAGGAGACCGCCAUAGGUCCCGGAUUUGUACUGGACGUCGCUUAGACACUGUCGGAAAGAAACAGCUUCACUGCUUUUGCUCAAUCGAACUUUUGUAAGUGAAAAUGUGUACAAACGCAAGAGGUAAAAGCAACAAAAGAGCUUGUUCACAGUCUUCCCUUAUAGACGAUCUUCACAUUGACUUUAAUAAUAAAUAAAUAUUUGGAGGCAAUCGUCCACAUCCACAAUAACAAAUUAAGAGUUCUUAAACUUUGCUAGACUGACUUGGUGCUCCCAUAUUAGCUAUUAUAAAAUUGUAUACAACAUUGUGUGACAAGGACAACAUGUCAGUAUUGAUAGUAAUUUAUUAUGUUGUCCCUGUCACACGAUGUUAUUUAACAUUUUAUAACAGCCAAUGUGGAAGCAUCAUAAAAGGGUAUGCGAUAAAGUGAAGACGGCAUGAUACUCGUAUUUUUAGGGGGGUGAAUUUAAGUUUAAUGUGUAUGUAUUACAUACAAAUUUGCAUUAAAUAACUUUGACAGGUACCUGUAGAUCAAUACAUGAACUCUAUAAAUAAUUUCCUUUUAUAAAAGAUCAAUGUCGAAAUACAAGCGCGAUUUUAAUUAUAUAAGCAACAAAGUAACAAUGAUUUUAAUAUUUAAUCUAUUCAUACACUUGAACGCCUUCAAGACAAUCGAUGCAUUUUUUAAAGCAUAUACAUAUAUAAGACAUAAUUCUAGUGAGUCACGUCGUGAGAAGCGCCGCUCGCGUGGGCGAACCUGCGCGGGCGCACUUACAAAUUACGUUUACCUCCACGCCGAGCCCGCGAGUAAACUUAGCUUAUAGUAAACAUGAUUCAACCGUUUCACAGAACGUAAGGCGUUCAAAAACAGCAGAAUGUUUCCUGCAGCUAAAGGCGCACCAGGAAUUUUUUACGGAAAGCACAAUUUCAGCUUUCCAACUCACAUGAAUUACGGAAUUUACUUUAUUGAGAGGAUAUUAAAUUUUAAAGAGAAAAGAGCGCUGAUUAAUGCAUCAACGGGCGAGGAAGUCACGUUUGGGCAGAUAGUCUACGAAGUCGUAAACGUUGCUGGGUCUCUCGUGGAGCUCGGUGUGAGCAAAGGCGACCUAGUCGCUGUGGUUAGUGAGAACCGAAGUGAAGUUCUGACUGCGAUCCUUGCUGCCAUGUGCGCCGGCGCGUCGGUCACUUUGAUCAACAGUGCUUAUACUGGAGGUGAACUGCUACACGCUGCUACUAUAACAAAACCAAAAUAUAUGUUUUUAUCGCCAACUGCGUCUGAUAAGCACCACAAAACGCUGAUAAAACUAACAUUCCUUAGCAAAUUUUUUAUAUUCGGUGAUUCUUCAUCGAAAGGAAUUAUAAGUUACAAGGAUCUCGCUAAGAAGGAAGCUAAUUUUACAAAUUUCGUUGACUAUUACGGUCGUGUGGAAGUGGCCCUUGUACUAUACUCAUCGGGCACAACCGGGCCACCCAAGGGCGCGAAGGUAACCCAUGCAAACCUAAUCGCCGCAGCCCAACAGCACGAUUUCUGUCCAGACAAGUCAGCACUUACACUUGCACCAAUGUGCAAUACUUUCGGCCUAACAACCACAUUGAAAGCAUUAGUAAAUGGCAAAAUGGUCAUACAUCUUUCGAGAUUUAAAGAAGAACAGUUUCUCGAAGCUAUUCAAAAAUAUAAGGUUCAGUCACUGAUGGUAGCUCCGCCAUUGGUAGUCUUAAUGAGCAAGUCACUUUUAGUGGAUAAUUAUGAUUUACGUUCUGUGGAUAUCAUUUAUUCUGGUGGAGCGCCUCUAGACAAGAGUGUUAUCAAAGAAAUAGAAAAAAGAUUACCUAAUCUACGUGUAUUACAAGGUUACGGAUCGACUGAAACAACUGGACCCAUUACAGAGGAAACAGUGGCUGACCAUAGACAAGGCAGUAUCGGAAAAGUUGUUCAAGGAAUUGUUAUGAAGGUAGUGGACAUUGAAUCCAGAAAGAUACUGGGCCCAGGUGAGCCAGGUGAAGUGUGCGUUAAUGGCGUGGUACUCUUCGAUGGCUACAUCGGCAAGCCUAAAUCAGAUUAUUUCGAUGAUGAUGGCUUUUAUAGAACUGGAGAUAUUGCUUACUACGACCAAGAUGGCUAUUUUUUCAUAAUUGACAGGUUAAAGGAACUGAUCAAAUAUAAAGCGUGGCAAGUAUCACCUGCAGAAAUAGAAGGAGUACUGCUAAAGCACCCAGCAGUGAAAGACGCCGGCGUGAUAGGCGCCCCUGACCCGCUAACUGGAGAGCUACCGACCGCUUUCGUGGUCAAACAACGGGGAGCAGAAGUCACGGAAAAUGACAUUAUUGAAUUUGUGUCUUUAGAGGUAUCACCGUGGAAACGGCUUCGCGGGGGUGUAAGAUUCGUCAGCGAGAUACCGAAGACUGGGAGCGGUAAAAUACUUCGACGGGUAUUGCGCGACAUGCUGAAAGCCAAGAGCAAGAUAUAAUUCCAAGUGAACGAAGUUUAUGUCUGUCUUAUUAUACUGCCAAAGAUAACGUUUUGUUUUGGGCGGAAUUGAAAAACAUCUCAAUACACUUCACAACCAGAAGUUUUACAUACAAAACGUCUACUCGCUCUAUUCCCUUUAUACACCGUCUAUUUUUUGAUUUCCAUUCAUUUCAAGGGUGUAUUCCUGACCUUACAUUAAGUAACUUUCUCAAAUACACCCGUAUUUCGAAUUAACUCCAUUUCUGAGAUAAGGGACCUGUACCCCUAGUGUAAAUAUUUUCGACAGCGAAACGUGACGUACGCGUUUGCGUUAAGUGUUAUUUUGUAUGAGAUUUUUGACUUUCCAAAACGUCCCGCUUGGCGCGCUGUUCAAAAAUCCAUACAAAAUGAGACUUAACGCAAACGCGUACGUCACGUUUCUCUAUCGAAAAUAUUUACACUAGGGGUACAGGUCCCUUAUCUCAGAAACGGAGUUAUUAUAAAUUCGAAUUCGAAACGUGACGUACGCGUUUUCGUUUAGUCUCAUUUUGUAUUGGAUUUAGAAAGAGCGCGCCAAGCGGGACGUUUUGGAAACUCAAAAUCCUAUACAAAAUGAGACUUAACGCAAACUCGUUCGUCACAUGAUGUCGAUUAAAUUUACACUAGGGGUACUGUUUACAUAUUGAUUAGUGUUUAGUGCGAGUUUAUACAUUUGCUACUAAACGUAAGUACUAUCUCGGACGAUCGAUGUUGGGAAUGACAAUGAGAUGUCACAGUUUAAUUGUUUGGUUGAGUUAAAUGUAAUACCCGUGUUACAACAACGCUAUAUGCAAUAUUUAAUUACUUUUUUUAUAAAAAAUGUAUAAAAAAUAUUGAAAAUUAACUAUGCCAUUUCGUUUCCUUAAACGUAUUUACCCACACCCCGAAGUUAACGGAAUUCAAUAAAAACACGGUGUAAUAAGUAAAAAAUUUUAGUAACGAAAAGUAGUAUCAGGGAUAGAUAUAUGUAAAGUUUACUUACUUAGUUUACUUUAGUACUUAAUUUAAGUAUGUUGUUUUAAAUUGAGAGCGUAACUUCCAUUGUACGGGAGCAGCUUUUUGGCGACAGGUUCGUGUGACUCUUAAAUAAAUACUGUCGUCAUUUAAAUUUUUUGACACAACGCACCUACCUGCUAACAUUUAUUUACCUAUAUCUAAAUAAAUAAUAGUUAGAGUUAUUCUACUUAUAUUCAUUUUAUAUAAUCAUAUUUCUCCCAAAACUUUUUUUAUCUUUUGAACAAAUGGUAUAAGUUUCAUCUUUUAAAUAUAUUUCUUCAAAAUAUUCAGAUUAUGCAUUACAAUCAGCUACAAAAUGUGCUGUUGUCCCAAAAACUAGAAUGAAAUGAGACCUUUUCAUCAAACUUCCUCGAAAAGAAAGAUGCAUUACUUAUCUCAUGCAGGUAUACUGAAGGACAAAGGCAUGUAUUGUUCCCACAGGAGUUAUGGAUUUUAAUUGUGUCACUAAUAUACAUACAUACGAACUAAGUAUGUAUAAAUGAGUUUUACUUUUAAAAUACUGACGUUUAUAAUUUACUUUUAUAAAACAUUUUUACAGAAUUUAUCGUGGCUAAAUGCCGAAUAGGUCUGUGCCUUCGAUGGCUAACCUAUUAAUAAAUGUCAAUAUGGCG